AAGUCAAUCAGAAAAGCGAUUCAAAUUCAACAAAAAAAAAAGACAAAAAAAGAAAACAAAAAAAUAAUGCAUAUAAUUUGAACGAAAGAGACACGAGGCAGUGUGAGGCAAAGAGAUCAAUCAACAACAAUAAAAACAACAUUUAAUAACAAAUACAUAUUUUCGUUGUGUGUUGCCCUCUCUCUCGUCGUGGUAUUUCGCUUAUAGCUGACAGCUUUUGAGAGCAACCAAAAAAGCUCAGCAAAGCAGUUGAGCUUUUAACACUGCAGUACAACAACUUGCGAAUUGGAUUGCAGUUCCUCCGUUGCCGCUGCUCAAUGCAGUCGAGACACCUUACCUGAAAAACAAAUACAACACAAAAAUCAAUAACUCGGACAAUUCAUAAAUUCGCAACUGCAUUUAUUAGCGAAAGACAACAAAUGCAAUGAAGUGGGAGAACUAUUGCGACUUUGUGGCUGGCUGUAUUGGCGGUGCUUGCGGCGUGCUGGUUGCCCAUCCACUCGACACCAUCAAGACCUGGCAACAGGCCUCAAACACAUCCGUCCUGACGGCCGUGCAACAGAUCUACACUCGCAACAAUGGGAUCAACGGUUUCUACAGAGGCAUGAUGUUUCCCAUGAUGUCAACGGGCGCCAUCAACUCCAUUCUCUUUGGCAUCUAUGGCAAUCAUCUGCGGCAACUGCGACGCGUUUGUCACAGCGAUUAUCAGCGAGAGCAGCUGGAGUAUCAUAACAUGUUCUUGGCCGGCUCGGUGGCCGGCUUUGUGCAAUCGUUUAUUGCCUGCCCCAUGGAACUGAUUAAGGUGCGACUGCAGACACAUUGUUACUACAAUGAUUACAUCUAUGGGAAGCGACGAACGGCCUUUGGCACGUUUAAACGGAUACUCAAGAAUGAUGGCAUCUCUGGUCUUUAUCGCGGACUUCUGCCCAUGAUGUGUCGCGAUGUCCUACCAUAUGGCAUAUAUAUGCUGGUCUAUCGUCAGGCAGCAGACUUUCUGGAUAAUACGCAAUUUGUGCGCAAACGUCGAGCACAUCCCGAUGGUUCCAAUAUUAAUCUGGUGGUCACCACUUUCGCUGGUGCUUGGGCUGGUGUCUUGUCGUGGGUCUGUGUUAUUCCAUUCGAUGUGGUCAAGACUAUUAUGCAGGCAGAUGAGAAUCACAAGUUCCGCGGCAUCUUGCACUGUGUCCGUGUCAAUUUUCGAGCAUAUGGAUGGCAAAGUAUUUUUCGAGGCAGCUGGAUGUUGUUGGCGCGUGCGAUACCCUUUAAUGCGGCAACGUUUUUGGGCUAUGAGUAUUCACUGGACCUGUGUCAUAAUUACUGAAAUGCUGUCAAAUCACUCAAAUAAAAGGUUUCAUUUUAAAUUUA